GGUGGAUGCUGCAAUCAAGAGCUUAUACGUGAUGAUCCCCCCGAUGAGGUUUAUGAACUUAGUGGUAAAAAUUGGAGAAAAGAAUCAGGGGUGCAACAUUGCCGCUGGUGAAGUGUAAAGUUUAAACGUCAAACAAUACUUGUGGUCCGAACCGGCCCAAUCAGGACUUAAGAGCCAGCGUCAGACAAAGAUAGGGGCUUGGUCUCUUUAAAGUUUGAGGUGGCUAUUGGCUUGGCAACUAUCUAAUUCCCACAUCGUGUGGACUGUGGACCCCUGUGAUCUGCGCUUACCACAGCAUAAAACAUUCAUAUCUCUGGAACCAGUCCAAUCAAGGUUCUAAAGUUAAAAUCAGCAAUACACACGUCUGCCACUUUUUAGGGAGCCGUUCUUCAAUGCCAGGAACCAUACAGGUUUCAGUUCUGGGUUUCAUUGGCCUUGAGUCGUCAUCAACACCAUCACAAACAUCCAUAAAGGUUUCCAUGGGGAAAAGAGCGUAUCAAACCGUGGAUAAAGGAGACUUCUCUUUCCCCUUAGCAACAUUCCGUGAUAAAUUGGUUAUUGCACUUCAGGAUGCUGAGGGGAAUGAGAUAUCACAUACAGGUGUUGAUACCAGGCUGGUGGUUGAGAAAGGUACGUGGGAUGACCGAUUUCCUCUAGGAGGUGGACAUGUCCAUCUGAAGUUGCAGUUCAUUCUUAGUGAAGAAGAUCGUCAACGGAUUCGAUCUAGGAGAGAAUUGGCACUAAAAAAAAAGAAACACCAAGAACUUCCUAGCAGCAAGCAGCAUCAAAUGAGAAGAUCUUUUUCACAUUCAGACGUUGGUACAUCUUUGUACCUCAACUGCGAGGUCUCAGAUUCACAAGAUCGCCUUAUUCAGAUUGAGGCAGAGCAAGCUGAUGGAGUGUCAAACCCUCCAAAUUUCUUCGGAAUUGGAAAAUCAGGUCCAAAGGUCAUAGAAGAAACUCAUUCUGUUCACAGGCCAACCCCAAAUGAUACAGAUAUAUACAAACAGACUUCAACAAACACCCAUGUUCCACAAGAGUUUGAUAUCCAUCCGGCUGAAGCAAGCAACAAGAACUCAGGUGAGAAGGUUGAGACUCAAAAACCUUCCAUUGAUGUUCCCAUGAGAGCCAUUUCUUCAGAAGGAGUUUCAACAUCAUUCAAAAACUCUGGAUCAAAUAUUGCUGCAAAAACUAAGUCCAACACCCCAAAACUGGACAAAGAUAAGGCUAAUAAGUCCGAGAAGCAGAGCCCAUCGGAGAAAACACCUAGUAAUGUCAGGAAUAUGAUAAGUGCCUUUGAAAAUAGUCUAUCACAGGACACGAGACUUCAAAUAACAGUGCCUUUGGAAAAAUCUCAGCCAAUAAAGACUGGUAGGAUCGCAAGUCCUUUGCCAACAAAGGAGCUGCAAGAAGACCCAACAUAUAUCAGAAAAAGAGGAGAGCUGACUAAUUUUCCUGGAGGACCUGAAGGAGCUACACCAUCUAAGGAUAGUGGGCAGCUAAAGGGAGUAAACCCAGCAAAAAGUCAAGCUGACGGAAUAAGUGUUGAUUUGAAGAAUGAAUCAAAGGUUAUUCAUAAAGAAACUGAGGUAGAGGAAAAGGAGACAUCUUCCCAGGGUACGAUGAGAACAUCCACAGGUGAAGUGGCUUUAGUUUCCGAAAGAAGUGUUGAUUUGAAGAAUGAAUCCAAGAUUAUUCAUAAAGAAGCUGAGGUAGAGGAAAAGGAGACAUCUUCCCAGGGUAUGAUGAGAACAUCCACAGGUGAAGUGGCUUCAGUUUCCAAAAAAACUAUUGAUGACCAAUCCAGUAAACACCGACCAAUUAACUUGUCAGUCCAGAGACAUUUCAGAAAAGAGAGUUGCAAAGGUGUUUGCCUGGAUGAUUCAAGAGGGGAAGAUGUUCAUAAAUAUUCUAAUGAAAAACUGAGAUCGAGAAUGGCUUGGGAAGAUGAGCAUAAUUUCUUAGAAAGUUCUGGUGUGUGGAUAUAUCCAGAUGGAGUGAGUAGGUUGUGUAUAACAACUGGUGGGAAACAAAUUAUGGAUCUAAUGGAUAGUUGCUGGCCUGAAGCUGAAACCCAGGAAGGAAAUACGAGUUCUGCACCAUAUAAUGUGGAAGAGCUGCAGGAAAGUGUGCAUUCUAGUGUUGAUAUUAAAGAGAGGACUUCUCAAAGACAGAGAAGCUCAAAAGUUGAUAGAUCAAGGAACAUUGAAACUCCUGGAGGGCCAUUUGGACAGUUCCAAGAUCUUUAUACCUAUGAACUGCAAUUACACAUUCAUUGCUGUCUUAUAUGCUCAGCCAAGGCUAGAAAUGUACAGUGUUUGCACUUUUAGUUACACUUUGGAUGGUUAUGGCAGUAUUUGCAAUAAAUUUGCCAUCUGGCCCCUUAAAAGAACAAAUCCUGUUCGAUUCGUCACUACAGUUGAAAUGGUUCAAUUGCCAUGAAUAUUAUAAUUGAAGUUUUUCACUCUCCUUCUGUUUCAGUGGAGGAAAAUCGCAAUUAUGGUAGGCUUUGC